AUGUCUAGUGAGGAUCGGUCGGUCGACGCCGAAGGUGGUUCCGUGAUGGGAUCGGUCGGUCGAUCGUUUUCAAAAAGAGGACUUGCCGUAGAGGCUGGUUGGUCAAUACGUCUAGGGUGUGAGCCUGAAAGUAGGGUCGAAGGUUUUGAGCAAAGAAGACGAGAACGUAGGCCAAUUUUUCAAGUUGGGUGUACCGUUGCUCCGUGUCCUACAGCGCAUGGCUUGUGUAAAAGAUGGGGAGCUUAA